UUGCCACAGCAAAGGAACUGCUAAAAGAGAGUACUUGGCCUCGGUUGAAUAAGUUGAUACUGACAUUUCGAAACAGCACCCAAUUCGUUACAACUUCAUUUAUGGGAGGCACAGGUUGUUGGACUGCAAAAUAAUUGAUGGCUGUGAGAGGAGUCCUUAGAUGAAGGUUGAAUCAGACUAAGCCCAACUCGACGUCUAGGAGUGCCAUAACUGGCAUGAAGAACGGACACACUGGAUUUCCAACCACACAGACAAUGGAGACUGCAGAUCAACAAACUGACCUGGCUACACCACAACAUCUUGAAGAAGAGAUUAAGAAUGACUGUAAAAGAUCUAAUUCUUGGACACCAGAAGAUGUGGUUUCAACUCUCUCAGUCAAAUCAGAGCCAGACUUCAGUCCUUACGUUUGUACUCAGAAAUUGUUCUUGGAGAGGGAUAGUUGUAGUCCAGAUCAUCUUUACACUGAACAUGAACUCUUUGACCUCAAAUCUGAGGUUAAGUCAGAAGUGGACUCCGAUGAGCAAAUGUCUUUGGAACUUGCAGAAAGGAUUGUGAAUCCAUUUCAGGACUGUAUGACAUCUAAGGUUGAAGUUGAUGAGACUGAUGAAGUGUGUGACAAUAACGCUGACCAUUCAGUGGCCUUAUUAAAUGUCUGCCAGGAGGGGAGUGUCCAGGAGGCACAGGGAGGUAACCAUGACACUGAAGUGUUGACGCUGACGGAAUCUGAGGAGUCAAUUCAGGAAGGCCGUGUUUGCCACGUUGUGAGGUACAAGCGCAAGGCUAAACCUGGAGCGAGAGAAGCUGAUAAACCAAAGACACAAUCUGAAAGUUUAAGGGAACACCUUUGCUUACUGUGUGGGAAAAGCUACAGCAGUGCUGAUACUUUGAAGGCCCACAUGAAGAUACACAAUAGUGAGAAAUCCUUCAUCAAGGCUAAACCUGGAGCGAGAGAAGCUAAUAAACCAAAGACACAAUCUGAAAGUUUAAGGGAACACCUUUGCUUACUGUGUGGGAAAAGCUACAGCAGUGCUGAUACUUUGAAGGCCCACAUGAAGAUACACAAUAGUGAGAAAUCCUUCAUCUGCCCCACCUGUGGGAAAGCAUUUAAAAAGAAUGAUUACAUGAGAAAAAACACAUUCGUGUGCACACAGGAGAAAAGCCAUAUGGAUGCCAUCUGUGCGGAAAGGCCUUCCCGCGGUCAGACUCCCUCGCCAAUCACAUGCGGAUCCACAAUGGCAAAAAGAAAGACAAAAGAAAGAGAAUGCACUCGUGUGAGGUGUGUGGAAAAAGCUUCACUAAGCCAUGCAUGCUUUUGUGGCACCAGCAAAGGCACACAGAGCAUAGGCCCUUUAUCUGUAAGCAAUGCCACAAGGGAUUCAAAGUGCUGACUGACCUACGGGAUCACCAGACCAGGAGUCAUACAGACGUGAAGCCACAUGUGUGCAAGAAUUGUGGACACUGCUUCAGCAGAAAGUACUGCCUAGAGAAACAUCAGCGCAUCCACACAAGACAGAAACCUUACAGCUGCCCGCACUGUCCAAAAGCAUACGGCUACAGACAAUCGCUGGUACACCACUUGAAAUGUCAUGCUAAUUAAGUAUUUUUCCAUCAGUCACAAUGCAGGGGAGGGGGCCUCUCAGUUGACCAUUGCUUUACACAUGAUUGUUGCAACAGUUCAGCCUUGACAGAUCUUAACAUGUGUAAGGAGCGGAUGGUAGAUUGUAAGUCUAGAAACACUUCAGGUCUGGCUUUCUUCAGACAAGAAACAUUACGAUAACACUACAUAAAAUCAGUAACAACUCAUCUAGGGUAAAAGUAGCCCACCCUCAAUAUUGUACAAUUUAAAAAGAAUUUAAUUUUCCCCAUUUCCUUUGUGAAUUACGGAUAUCAAUGUACAAUCUGUAGCUAUAAGUAUAAGUAUAUAUACUCUUUUGAUCCCGUGAGGGAAAUUUGGUCUCUGCAUUUAUCCCAAUCC